AUGUCGAUCCCAACUACCCAAAAGGCUGUCAUCUUCGAGACCAACGGCGGUCCAUUGCUUUACAAGGACAUUGAGGUGCCAAAGCCAAAGCCAAACGAGUUGUUGAUCAACGUUAAGUACUCCGGUGUCUGUCACACUGACUUGCACGCUUGGAAGGGUGACUGGCCAUUGGCCACCAAGCUUCCAUUGGUUGGAGGUCACGAGGGUGCUGGUGUCGUUGUUGCCUUGGGUGAGAACGUCAAGGGCUGGAAGGUUGGUGACUACGCUGGUGUCAAGUGGUUGAACUCCUCUUGUAACUCUUGUGAGUUCUGUCAGAACACCAACGAGCCAAACUGUGCUGAGGCUGACUUGUCCGGUUACACCCACGACGGUUCCUUCCAGCAGUACGCUACUGCCGAUGCUGUGCACGCUGCCAGAAUUCCUGCUGGUACCGAUUUGGCCCAGGUGGCUCCAAUCUUGUGUGCUGGUAUCACCGUUUACAAGGCCUUGAAGACUGCUAAGUUGAAGGCUGGCCAGUGGGUUGCCAUUGUUGGUGCCGCUGGUGGUUUGGGUUCCUUGGCUGUUCAGUACGCUGUGGCCAUGGGUUACAGAGUUGUUGGUAUUGACGGUGGUGCUGACAAGGGCGAGUUCGCCAAGUCCUUGGGUGCUGAGGCCUUUGUUGACUUCACCCAGACCAAGGACAUUGUCAAGGACAUCCAGGACAUCACCGGCGGUGGUCCACACGGUGUUAUUAACGUCUCUGUCUCUGAGGCUGCUAUCUCCAAGUCUGUUGAGUACGUGAGAUCUACUGGUACUGUUGUGUUGGUUGGUUUGCCAGCCGGCGCCAAGGUUGUUGCCCCAGUGUUCACCUCCGUUGUCAAGUCCGUGUCUAUCUGCGGUUCUUACGUUGGUAACAGAGCUGACUCUGCUGAGGCCAUUGAUUUCUUCACCAGAGGCUUGGUUAAGUGUCCAAUUAAGGUUGUCGGUUUGUCCGAGUUGCCAGAGGUCUACGAAUUGAUGGAGCAGGGUAAGAUCUUGGGUAGAUACGUUGUUGACACCUCCAAGUAA